AUGGACGACUAUUUUUUCCUUUCGUUAAAUCCAAGUCCUUCUUUCUCUCCUAUUUUCUUCUACAUUCAUUUUCUUCUUUUUCUCUUGCCUUUUCAUCUGUAUUCUUCUCUUUCUUCGUUCUCUUUUUAUAUUUUUUCUUCCUUUUUCUUUUUUUUUCUUUUCUUCUUCGUAUAUUUUCUCAUACUUUCUUCUGUUUCUUUAUCGUUUUGCAUUUGCUUCUUUUUCUUUUCUUCUUCCUUUUCUUUUCUGUUUAUUUUAUUUUUCCUUAUUUUGUUGUUCUUCAGUUUUUGUCUCCAUUUUGUAAUUUCUUCUUUCUUUUCUUUUUCUUUUCUUUAUUUAAUUUCUUUUCUCCUUUUUGUUGUGCUUUUCUUUUACUUUUUUUCUUUCACUCACUUUUCCCCUUUUUCUCCUAAUUCUUGUUUUCUUUUCACUUCUUACUGUAACUUCUUCUUCUUCUUCUUCUUCUUCUUCUUCUUCUUCUUCUUCUUCUUCCCUUUAUUUUAA